AGGUGGCGCUAUAAAUGAACGUGACGCUAGUACCUCAGUGUAUUCCUUAAGAGUUUCUUACGAUGAACGUUUCCUGAAACAACGACUAAGAGAGAAAGAAGGCAGGGAAUCAGCAUGAUCAACAUUUCUCUAGACACGCAGACCGUGUUGGCGGGAGUUAGCAUGGGUCUCGUGGUGUUUUACGUCAUCAAACGAAUGCGAUAUCGUCUGCCACCGGGACCGUGGUGCAUACCACUUAUUGGACAUUACAAAGUUUAUUCCUCUAAUGGAAUGCACAGGAAAAUUGCUGAACUUUCCAAGGUAUAUGGUCCAGUGGUACGCUUGUCUUUUGGUCCCACAUCCAUGAUAUUUCUGAAUGAUGCUGAAGUUGUGUUGGAAGCAAUGGUGAAAAAGAAGGCAGAUUUUGCUGGAAGACCUAAAUUUGCAUCAGGCGAGAUGUUUAGUGAAGGAGGCAAGGACAUAGCAUUAAGUACGUACUCACCCACGUGGAAAUAUCACAGAAAGAUAGCAGGCAAAGCCAUUAGGCAUUAUUUACAAGGUGAUCUACUUGAAAAGAUGAUACAAAACAACAUGGACAAAUUCUUGGAUAAAAUGGCAGAAGAGAAAGAUCCGUUCAUCAUUAGAAAUCAUGUGGAUCUGAUGGUUUACCAUCAACUGUACACCAUGUGUUUUGGAGAGAAGCGAGCCAUCGAUGACCCGGAAGUUAAAACAUUCCUGGAAUUAGAUGAAGCGUUGAUUAAGGACUUUGGAACUGGACUAUUAGAGGAUAUAGUUCCUUAUCUCAAAGAUAUCUACCCUACAACUAGAUGGAAGAACCUAUCCAGCAAAAUGGACACACUUUUAAAUAUACUUCGAGCUAAAUUCAAACAACAUGUGGAUAAAUUCGAACCAGGUAUAAAUAGAGACUUCAUCGAUAGCUUACUGAUCUCCAGACAGGAAGCGGAAAACGAGGGGGAUGAAGAGACUCUAGAAAAAUUGGACGAUACACACUUGGUUCAGACCAUAUCGGAUAUAUUUUUUGCUGGAGUAGACACUACCAGAUUUAGCAUAGACUGGUUUGUAUACUUUAUGACCAAGCAUCCGGAAAUCCAGUCCAAAUGCCAGGAGGAAAUUGACAGGGUUGUUGGCACAGAACGUCCCUCGAUGAAACAUCGUGACACCCUACAUUUUACAGAGGCGUGCAUGUUUGAGACGAUGAGGUUGGGAAAUGUUGCAGGAUUGGGUGCCCCUCACAUGACUAUUUGUGAUUCCCAAGUGGGUGGAUACGACAUUCCUAAAGGCACCACCGUCUUCAUAAAUUUCUGGGCGCUACAUCACGACACUAAAUCCUGGAAGGAACCAGAGAAAUUUCACCCUUAUCGAUACCUUGACGAAAAUGGCAAAUUUAAACCAGCAAAACCAGACAGCUGGCUCCCCUUCUCGGCAGGCCGCCGAGUUUGUUUGGGAGAAACCAUCGCCAAACCGGAAAUAUUGCUGAUGUGUGCAAAUUUAUUGCAACGGUUUGAGAUUCGUCUUCCAGACGGCGUCAAACCAAACCCUGAAUGCAAAAUGACCGGUUUUGGAAUAGAAUUACCCUCCGAUUACAAAAUUGUAGUGAAGGAGAGAAUUUAAAAGCCUUUAAUAGAUAAAGCAUUCAAAUAAACCAGUAGCAAAAACCUAAACCAACCUUCCUUAAAAAUUGGGCUUGGGCUUGUACCAGAGAACAACAUGGUUUUCGUGAGCCGGAUGGAAAUAACCCAGUACAAACAUUCUCCAUUUUGCAGUAUUUCAUUGUUCGUAUUCUGUAUCACUGUAUCUCAUAUUAACCUGGUUUCGUUUUUAUAGGCUUGUUCAAUAACAAUAAACGGUUAUUCUUCUGU